AAGGUCAUCCCAUCAUGAACCAGAUCAACCACACCAAUGUGAAGGAGUUUGUCUUCCUGGCACUUACACACUUGAGAGAGCUGGAGUUCUGCUUGUUUGUGGUCUUCCUUUUUGUGUAUAUAACAACUGUGUUGGGAAAUGCCCUCAUUGUGGUCACCAUCACCUCUGAGUCCCGCCUCCACACUCCCAUGUACUUUCUUCUGAGGAACAAAUCAGUCCUGGACAUUGUUUUUUCAUCUAUCACAGUCCCCAAGUUCCUGGUGGAUCUUUUAUCUGAGAGGAAAACCAUCUCCUACAAUGGUUGCAUGGCACAGAUAUUUUUCUUCCACUUUGCUGGUGGUGCAGAUAUUUUUUUCCUCUCUGUGAUGGCCUAUGAUAGAUACCUUGCAAUUGCCAAACCCUUGCACUAUGUGAUCAUUAUGAGGCGAGAAGUAGGGGUGGCCUUGGUGGUGGCUUCUUGGGUAGGUGGUGGUUUGCAUUCAAUUGUCCAGAUAAUUCUAAUGCUUCCACUUCCCUUUUGCGGUCCCAAUAUCCUGGAUGCCUUCUACUGUGAUGUGCCCCAGGUGGUAAAGCUGGCCUGCACUGAUACCUUUGUUUUGGAGCUUCUCCUGAUCUCCAACAACGGGCUGGUGACCCUACUGUGGUUCCUCUUGCUCCUGGGCUCCUACACUGUCAUUCUGGUAAUGUUAAGAUCCCACUCUGGGGAAGGUCGGAACAAGGCCCGCUCCACCUGCACCUCCCACAUGCUGGUGGUAACCCUGCAUUUUGUGCCUUGUGUUUAUAUCUACUGCCGGCCCUUCACUACCUUGCCCAUGGACACAGCCGUAUCCAUCAAUAACACAGUCAUCACCCCCAUGCUGAAUCCAAUGAUUUACACCCUGAGGAACCAAGAAAUGAAGUCAGCCAUGAGGAGGCUGCAGAGGAGGCUCAGGCCUUCUGAGAACAGGAAACUGGGGUGAGCCAUUUAACGGAGACUAAAUGUCUAACACUGAUGUAGUUUUCUCUGACUGAU